GGCGGCGUGUACGUAAAAGAUAUUAAGUGUAAGUUUCAGCUGCGUAACGAAGACUUGUGGAUCACUUGUCAGUCGGUUGGAGGCGAGACUCGCUUCAAGAGUUCGGCGCCAACGUUCGCGUGGCCCAAAAACCUCCUCGCCUCCUUCACGUUUUGCCCGUUUAUAUUAAAAUUCCUUCGAAGUGCUUCGUAUUUAUUUUAUUUUCCGGCCUGAAGCAGUAACUGCAAUACCUGAAAUAAUACAACAAACCUCGUCAGAACAACUCACGAAAAUAGGAAUUGAAUUCGUAACUGCUAAAUACUCAAAAAUUGACUGACAAUAAAUAAAACUUCGUAUCGUACCUACACAGUUGAACAGCGCUAGAUCGUCUUUCAGAGACACAUGAAAUGCGUUUAAUUGGUAGUUCGACGGCUCCUUGUGGUUUGUUUUUACCGGAUGUAAGUCGAGACGUUGCACGAUAAACUUGGGCGCUCAUAACCAGCUCAUAGAUCAAUAAAUAGAAAAGUUGAAUCACAUGAUUGCUCGGAUAUAGAGUGAAAAAUAUGCAACGGUCAAGUCUACUCUUCGAUUGUACUAAUCAACCCGCAGGAUCGUUUAGUUUUUGAACAACUAGAUUCAAAGACUGCACACAUAGAUAAUUUGAAGUUUUGUUUGUGUCACUUCAAAGACUGACAUUUCUAGUCUCCUCGCCGAUCGAAUAAAUUUAUACUUGGUGAGGAUUUUGAAUUUAUCCCGUAGUCUUCCGUAAUUAAAGAGAGGAACGAAGAAAUAUAUACUAUAAGAUGAUCGAUUUGCUGAAACAACUUUUCAAUCCUUUUCUAUUAAUUUCUUUAUUAAUCGGUCUAAUUUAUUACUACUUUACGGCUACGUUUGAGUACUGGGAAUCUCAGGGGGUCCCUUUCCGAAAACCGAAAAUUUUUGUCGGUAACUUUGGCCAGCUAUUACUCUUCAAAAAAUCACAAUGCGAGGGUAUUCUCGAGAUGUACAACUGGUUCAAGAGCGAGCGAUUCUUUGGAGUAUUUCGCGUUCGUUCACCCGCCUUGUUCCUGAGGGACCCUGAGCUCAUAAAAAGAGUUUGCGUGAAGGACUUCGCGAUCUUUACUAACCGCGGAAUCCCGGUGAACAAUUCCCAGGAUCCCCUUAACGGGCAUCUGUUCAACCUUGAAGGUAGAAAAUGGAAGAGCCUCAGGUCUAAAUUGACGCCAACUUUUUCAUCUGGAAAAAUAAAAAGAAUGUUUUAUCUGCUGGCCGAGUGUUCGGACGAAUUCGAGAAAAUGAUCAAUCAUUCUUUGACUGGUCAUGAACCAGUAGAGGUGCGUGAGUUGGCUGCAAAAUUCACCAUCGACGUCAUUGGAUCUUGCGCAUUUGGCAUACAGAUCAACGCAUUGCAUAAUGAAGACUCUGCUUUUCGAAUAAUGGCAACAAAACUUUCUAAACCUUCGUACAGAAAGGCUCUUUGGAGAAUGCUCCGUACUUCGAUGCCCACCUUAUUUAAAAUUCUACGGGUGCAGGUCAUCGACACUGAAGUCACUAAGUUCUUUAAGAAUGUCGUCUCAGAGAUGAUCAAGGAACGCGAAGAGCAGGGCAUACACAGGCAUGAUUUUAUGGACCUACUCAUCGAACUGAAAAACAAAGGAACUUUAGAUAUAGAAAAUGUAAACGGUGGGACUCAGCCUCUCACUGAAGAAGAUAUUCAAGCAGCUAAAGAAAUAGAAUUGGAUGAAAACGGUAUAGCGGCACAAGCAUUCGUUUUUUUCGCUGCUGGAUACGAAACCGCUUCUGCCACAAUUUCCUUCUGUCUUCACGAGCUGGCACUGAAUCCUGAGAUACAGGAAAUGACGAAGCAGGAUAUUCGAGAUAACAUUGAAGAGCACGAUGGAAAAUUGACGUUCGAAUGCGUCUCCAAUAUGAAAUAUCUCGAUAAAGUAGUUUUGGAGACCUUGAGGAAACAUCCGCCGGCUCCGAUGCUAUCAAGGAGGUGUGAAGUGGCGUAUCAGGUACCGGAAACGAAAGUGGUACUUCCUCCAGGUACACGUGUUAUUAUUCCUAUCUACGCAUUGCAUCAUGAUCCUGAACAUUAUCCAGAACCUGAAAUUUUUGAUCCGGAACGUUUCUCUGAAAAAGUCAGACGAACUCGUCAUCCUUUCACGUUUCUUCCCUUCGGAGAAGGUCCCAGAAACUGUAUUGGUAUGCGAUUCGCGCUUCUUCAGACGAAGGUGGGGAUAAUCUCGUUGCUAAAAAACCAUUGGGUAAAUCUGUGCGAUAAGUCGGCUGUUCCCAUGAAAUAUAGCAGACGCAGCCUCGUCACGACUAGUGAAAAUGGAAUUUGGCUCCAGUUUAAUCCAGAGAAAUGAUGAUCAAAACCAUUUUUCAAAUCAUGGUUGUCGAAUCGGAGAAUUUUCUAAAGGUAUCUUCAGCUCUCAAACAUAUAUAUUAUUUCAUAUAUGUCGUGCAGAGUCCGACCUCAGGAUUUUUCGAAUGUUUAUUACACCUACGUGAAUACAUGAAUUAUGCAAAACAUCCGUCCGCAUCCCCAUCCAUUACCGUAAAGGGCAAGCAUAUAAAAAUACAAUGGUGCAUUUUUACGAUAAUUAAACGUCGAAAAUGCGAAUUCACUUCGUAUGCGGCGGAUACAAAAAGGUUGUAUGAGAUAGAAUAAGCUGGAAUGGACGCAUUCUGCGUUUUUUUCUCUCCAGAUCACGUUUCAUCAUAACAUUUCAUAAAUGUCUACUAUACGUAUAGGUAUGAACAUCACUGAUUCAUUCCACACUCAGUUAAUUGAACAAAUCAUAAGUUAAUUUUUGUUCCAACUCCCUUACCCUUAUCUGUAAAAUAUUUAUCGCCGUUGAAGUUUUAAUUAGGUGUAUGCAUUGCACACUUACGUUCUGACAGCUUUUAUUUGUAGCAUAAGCAUAUUUCGUAUUAUAUACUUAGUCCAUUAAGGUCGUUACAUUAAUAUUCAAAAACGAGCAUAUUAUUAGUGAAUUGAUAAGUAUUUGUGGAUAAUACAUCUAAGUUUGUGUAAAUAAAGUGUAUAUUUUCCGAACAUCAA